CAAUUUCCUCUCCUCCUUCUCUCCCUCCUCCUCACUACACUCCUUCACGACACCCAUUUGCGUCGUCAGUGCUCCGGGCAGCCAAAACGACAAAGAUGGACAAGGACAAGCUCGCCCAACUGCUGCAGGCCAGCCAAGUUCCCAACACGGAGCAGGUCAAGGCCGUCACCGCCGACCUGCAGAAGAACUACUACUCCAAGCCCGAGUCGCUGAUCCUCCUCAUCGAGAUCGCCCUCACCCAUCCCGAUGGCGGCGUCCGCAAGGCCGCCUCCGUCCAGGCCCUCCGCCUGGUGCCUAAGCACUGGGAGAAGACGGCCCAUGACCAGAAGCCGUUGGCCCGUUCCCAUCUCCUCGAGGGUGCCCUCAAGGAGAGCUCGUCCAGCACUCGGCACUCUCUGGCUCGCCUCGUCGCCGGCAUCGUCGGCAUGGACAUGGAGGCCGGCGAGGGAGACGAGUUCCUGAAGCAGCUCAUGCCUCUCAAUAAUAGCGACAAUGUAACGGCCCGCGAAGUUGGCUCGUACAUCCUCUUCUCCAUGCUCGAGGACGACCCUACGCACUUCAGCGACCAUACUCACCAGCUUCUCCAGCUCUUCCAGUCCCGCAUCGAGGACCCGGACAGCAAGGAGGUCCGCAUUAACAUCGUCCAGGCUAUUGGCGCUAUCCUCAUGAUCGUCGAGCCGGAGGAGGACCCGCAGGCGCUGCAGGCCAUGCAGAGCUUCCUCCCCCACAUGGUCAAUAUUCUCAAGGCUACCGUCGAGGCCGGCGAUGAGGAGAGCUACAAGGUCGUCUUCGAGGUUUUCCACUCCUUCCUGGCGUACGACUCUUCCAUCCUCGCCGUCCACCUCCGCGACCUGCUGCAAUUCAUGAUUGGACUCGCUUCCAACAACAACGCCGAGGACGACGCCCGCACACAGGCUCUGGGCUUCCUUAUCCAGUGUGUCCGCUAUCGCCGCAUGAAGAUCCAGGCUAUGCGCGACAUGGGCGCUGAGCUCAUGGUCAAGGCUAUGCACAUCGUGACGGCGCUGGACACCGACGACGAUGACGAGGACAUGACUCCGGCUCGCACGGCCAUUAGUCUCAUCGACACGCUGGCCAACGAGUUGCCCCCUCGUCAGGUCAUUGUUCCCCUCCUGGAGCAGUUCCCCUCGUUUGCCACCAACGAGGACCCUGGCUUCCGCAUGGCUGCCAUGCUGGCUCUUGGCAACGCCGCUGAGGGCGCUCCCGAUUUCAUUUCCACGCAGCUGCAGCCUCUGUUGCCCACUAUUAUCAACCUUCUGUGCGACUCCAAUGGUCAGGUCAGGCACGCCGCGUUGGUCGGUGUGAUCCAUCUCGCUGAGGAGAUGGCUGAUGAGAUGGUGUCCCAUCACGAGCAAAUCAUCUCGGCCGUCCUCAAGAACCUUGAGGCUGCCUCCCAGGGCCCUGCGGACAAGAAGAACACCGCUAUCAUCCGUUGCGCUUGCGGUGCUCUUGACACUUUCGGUGACGGCAUCGACACCAAGAUUAUGGCGUCCUACGGCCCCAACCUGAUUGGCCCCAUGGUCAAGCUUCUCGAUCAUGAGGACUAUGGUGUCAAGGCAGCUGCCGCCUCCGCUAUAGGCGCCAUCGCUUCCUCCAUGGAGAAGUCCUUCGAGCCCUAUUUCGAGGGCGUGAUGAAGGCCCUCGGCAAAUUUGUCAUGAUCAAAGACAACGACGAAGCCAUGGAUCUGAGGAGCUCCACGUGCGACAGCUUGGGUCGCAUUGCCCUGGCUGUCGGCCCUGAGUCCUUCCAGCCCUACGUCAUGGACUUGAUGAAGGCGAGCGAGGAGGCUCUUGGCCUCGACAACCCCAGACUCAAGGAGACUAGCUUCAUCCUGUGGUCAAACCUUUCAAAAGUCUACCGCGAGCAAUUUGACCAUUUCCUGGCCGGCGUCUUCAAGGGUAUCUUCGCGUCCCUUGAGCUCGAGGAGGAGGAGAUUGACCUGCCCGGCAUUGAUCCCAGCCAGCUGGGAGAUGGGGCCGUCGUCGUUGGUGGCAAGCGAGUUCGCGUCAAGGCUCCCGAGACCGAAGAUGACCUUACCAUCGCUACCGGAGGUGAGGAUGACUGGGAUGAUCUCGAGGAUCUUGACGAUCUGGGUGCUACCACGGCCAUUGCUCUUGAGCAGGAGAUUGCCCUCGAUGUCCUCGGCGAUGUGAUUUCCAACUCUUGCAACAGCAGCAACCUUGAGACGUAUGCCGCCCAGGUCAUCGAAAAGGUUGUUCCUUUCGCGGAGCACACAUACGAAGGCUGCCGCAAGACGGCCAUCUCCACCCUUUGGCGCACAUAUGCCCGCGUCUUUCAGGUGUGGGAGGAGAGCGCCGGUGUCAAGUGGCAAGCUGGCAUCCCUCCGAACCCCACGCCCCCUCCGUCUAUCGCCAAGCUUGGUGAGGCCCUGUACAAGGCCACCAUGGAGAUUUGGACCAACGACAGCGAACGGUAUGUUGAUACUCUCCUGAUUUCUCUAUGAUCUACUACAUGAUGAAUACCUUGCGUUAUACCCAGCUCACUCAGACGCACUUUGCGGUUGCUGAGAAAGCGUCUAAUCUAC